AUGCUGGUAACGCUGCCUGUCCCAGGUCGAAUCACGCAGUACUUUCCUUCGCUACUGGUCGAUAUCCUUCAGAAGUUUGCCUUCUACACUUUCGCCUGCAUGCUCACUAUUCCUUGGCUCUUUUGCGUUUAUCGGAUCGUCGUUGUUCCUCUUGGGCGAAAGAAGAGGAUAAAGUAUACGCUCAACGAGCAGUCUUCGCCAAAAGUCGUUGUCGUCAUGCCUGUCUACAAGGAACCUCCAGAGUCUCUCUGGACUGCGCUCAACUCUGUUGUUGCGUCUGAUUACCCUUCGGCUUGCAUACACCUCUUUGUCUCAUUUGAUGGGGACAGCAUAGACGAGCUCUAUCUGAAGACCAUAGAUCGCCUGGGCAUACCGGUCACACUGGAGGAGUUUCCCAAGUCAAUAGACGUUGCGUACCGGGGGGCUCGCGUCACAGUUUCCAGAUUUCCUCAUGGUGGCAAGCGACAUUGCCAGAAAGCCACGUUCCUGCUUAUUGACAAGAUCUACAAAAGAUACUUACGUCAGAAAGAUGAUCUCUUCAUCUUAUUCAUCGACUCAGAUUGUAUUUUAGACUCGGUGUGUAUUCAGAACUUGAUGUAUGACAUGCAACUGAAGCCACGGGGCAAGCACAAUAUGUUGGCAAUGACUGGUAUCAUCACCACCCGGACCGACAAGCACUCAUUCUUGACACUCAUGCAGGAUAUGGAGUAUCUUCAUGGGCAAAUGUUUGAAAGAUCGGUUGAAUCGGGCUGCGGAGCGGUGACCUGCCUCCCUGGAGCGCUCAACCUUCUUCGAUUCUCGGCUUUUCGAAACAUGGCCAAGUUCUAUUUUUCUGAUCGAGCUGAGACGUGUGAAGACUUGUUUGAUUAUGCCAAGACUCAUCUAGGAGAGGAUCGCUGGCUAACUCAUUUGUUUAUGUUGGGAGCCAAAGAAGCGUAUCAGAUUCAGCUGAGCACGAGUGCAUUCUGCAAGACGGAGGCUGUCCAGACUUUCCGAUCCCUCUUAAAACAAAGACGGCGAUGGUUUUUGGGAUUCAUCACCAAUGAGGUGUGCAUGUUGACAGAUGGCCGAUUGUGGCGGAAGUAUCCAAUGCUGUGUUUGCUCAGAUUUAUGACAAUCAACAUUCGGACGACUUCUAUGUUACUUCUCAUCACUGUGGUGUCGGUAAGCUCGACCUCGGGUACUUUACAACGCUUACCGUGGGAGUUUAUGUGCAUUUCAUGUGGACUGAACUGGAUCCUCAUGUUUUAUUUUGCCGUGCGACUUCAUCGGUGGAAAUCAGUGCUUUACCCUUUGAUGUUCGCAAUCAACCCUUUCAUGAACUGGAUAUUCAUGGUGUAUGGAAUAUUCACAGCCGGGCAGCGAACGUGGGGGGGACCGAGAGUAGACGCAGGCGCCGCUGAUGCCGAGGUCACCCCUCAACAAGCCAUUGAGCAUGCCAUUGAAACUGGAGACGAUCUUAAUGUCAAGCCAGAGACCUUCAAGCCCGCCAUGGAAGUUCGGAGGCGACGAGUGCGUCCAUCAGCCUUGCAGCCGUCUUCAAGCAUUGAAGGACGGUUUGCUCCUGCAGAGCCAGGUCCGAGUGAGCAUUGGCAAAAAGACCUACCUUCCACAGCAGCUUCAGAGAGUGAGAUGAGCGCGCACUUACGCAGGUGGGAGCAUAAUUCUCUUGAUAUGAGUGAUACUGAAGGUAUCUCAGUGCACACGCCUCGGCGAGUAACGAGCAUCUCAGGCGAAGACUAUGGAUUGAGCACGCAAACCGAUGGGAUGAAUGAGCAUGAGCGAGCAGAUUUUAGUUCUAGCUGGUCUCAAAUCACCAGCCGCGAAGGCCGCAUCAACAGGCGAAGCACUGUCACGGGGAAUGGCUCUUACCCCCCGUCGGCUUACCCUCAGUCACGAGACUUGGUUGGCCGCAGUGGACGCAGAACACGGUCAUCAUCUCUGGGAUUGGCGGAUGCCCAAGAGCUAUCGAGGCAAUUGAAUGAAAUAGCUGCCCGACAAAGCAUUGGAGACAGCACAGUACCCAGCGAGCACAGAAGCCCAUUGGGAAGGAUCAAUCCACUGACAGCAGUGGGGUUUGAGGACGACUAUCUAAGUCUACAUCAAGAACAGGGAUCACCAGGGCAAGAAGUCAACAAUGAGGCUGAAGGAAGUGGGCGCAAGGCGGCCAAGCGGCCAAGCAGACGGCCAAGACGAAGCCUGAGUCCGUCGAGCAUGGUUUAG